AUGAACUUGGCCAAACUAACACUUCUCUCUCGUGUUCUUGGAAAAAUCUUAUUUCAGUCAAUACAUGUGCUUGUAUUUUUCUCCGCCGUUGUCAGUUUACUUUACUACUACGGCAUUAUUCAAUGGAUUCUUGGAAAAACGGGACGUAUUAUGGAAGCUACUCUUGGCACUACAGCAGCGGAAUCACUCAACGCAUGUGCGUGCGUCAUCCUUGGCCAGUCUGAGGCUGCUCUACUGAUCAAGCCCUGCCUGGAGACGCAAACAGCUUCGGAAUUACAUGCUAUCAUGGCAAGCGGUUUUUCAUGCAUUGCUGGCUCGUUAUUUGCAGCCUACGUUUCUUUUGGAGCAUGUCCCGAGUGA